AUGCGUCCAUGGAAGGUUACUCGGUUGAAUCAUAUCGCAAUAGCAGUACCAGAUUUAGAGAAAGCCACUGCAUUUUAUCGUGAUGUUCUGUGUGCCACUGUGAGUGAACCAAAGCCUAUAAAAGAACAUGGUGUUACAACUGUUUUCGUUAGUUUAAACAAUACAAAUAUUGAAUUAAUACAACCACUUGGUGAGAAUAGUCCAAUCAGUAAAUUUCUAGAAAAUAAUAAAAAUGGCGGAUUGCAUCAUGUGUGCGUUGAGGUUGACAAUGUAUACAAUUGUAUGGAACAUUUGAAGGCAAAAAAUAUUAGAACAUUAACACCAGAACCAAGAAUUGGUGCUGCAGGUGCUCCUGUCAUCUUUUUACAUCCAAAAGACACUUGUAGUGUAUUAAUUGAAAUGGAACAUGUUCCAGAAAACUCAGGUUCUCAUUAG